UCCUGGCAUCCAUCCUGGCAUCCAUCCGGUCAAGGGCGAAUUCCCAGGCCAGGAGGCACUGAGUCGUAACAAGGAGGAUCUCAAAGGUCAGAAGGACAUCAGUUGGUUGGCACGAUGCCCGCCCACGGGUUGGGCAUUCACUGACAUGCUGGGCUCAUCGGCCUCCGCUCACGCCCAUUGGCUGCCCCUGGAACUCAUCUCGCGCAUUUUACGCCACGCCCCGCCGACCAGCCCCGCCGCUCUCUCGGGCUCCAUUGGCGCCGGUUCGUCCAGCUCGAUCUGGGUUUCGCCCGAAAGCGUGUGGCGUUUAUCCCGCUGUUUGGGCCUGAGCGCCCAUUUUCAUUUACGGCUCUUACAUCUCUUGGAUUUGGGCUUCAAGUGCCGCUUGCGGUUGCCCUUGUUCAUUUCGGCCGGAUUUGCCUUAGGCCAUCUAGCGGCCAAUUACGUGCCACGGGUUGAGUUUAAUCUCCAAUUGGAGGAGCUGACGGACGACGAAGCCGAACCGGGCGAGGACGACGACCUCGACCCCAUUCACCCCGACCCGUUGGACGGCCGAUUGGUAGAAGACGAAUUUGCCGUGGAGUAUGAGCCCCACGACGGCUAAAUGAGCUGGGUCAUGCGCACCAGCCCGACCCAGAGCCUCCUCCUGACCUUGUUUGAUAUCGCCUUCCGUUCACGCGUGGGAUUGCCUUUGUUGAUCUCGGCCGGCUUUAUGCUCUUUGGCCUUCAUUUGCGGCUCGAGGUGGAGAUUGAAGCUCACGCCCACUACCAGCCGGACGACGAUUUGCCCGAAAUCGAAGUCGAACGUCGAGCUCGUCGGGAUUCGAGUUAAGAAAACGAUCUAGGUCGACAUGUUCUUGGAGUUGUGGUUAGUGUUUGUGGCUUAUUUGUUCAUUCACUUGCUUAUUACGCAUACGUAAUUCCCAACCAUGGACAAAUACGGUUCGCCCAAGCAUUCACCCCACGGGUCCUUAUCGCCGAACGUGGGCGGGAUAGGCGUUAAUAAUGCGACCGAUCCGGCUGGUCUCAAAGUGACCAUCUCAUUGAAACACAAGACGCCCUUUUAUUUGAUGAGGCCCGAGCCUAUCCCCACCAAUGAAACCACCGGCGCCACCAAUCUAAUGGUGGCCAGUGGUUUAGAACACUCCUACAUGAAGCUCACGACCAAAAAGAUGAAAGAUUCUUUAUCUUCCUUUCUUCCCAAUAUGCCCGGUGUGAUCGAUACCCCCGGCAGUCAGGAUAACAGCUCUCUUCGGGGUGUCAUCGAAAAGCCUCCUGUUUGCGGCAAAGAACUCCACCCACUCAACCAGCUCCAAUUAGCCGGCUUCCGUCUCCAUCCAGGACCGUUACCUGAACAGUACCGCGGGUUAACCCAAAUGCAGGCGCGAAAGAAGCACAAGCACAAGAAGCAUAAACACAACCGAAACAAUGGGGUAGGGGGCGAAGCCACGCCCGUUGGGCCAGAAGAGUCCAAAGGCAACGAAGAAGAACGCGAAAAGAAGCGUGAAAAGAAACACAAGAAGCAUGAAAAAGAUGCUGAGGAACGGAAGAAAAAGAAGAAAGAAAAAAAGAAAAAACGGAGCAAAGAGGAUAAGGACGGUUAAUCUGCAGUUCUCUGAUUUACUCUUUCAAUCUACCUAGUAAGUAAAAUCCCCCAAGAACGAAAUAAAUAUUGUCAACGUGAUCGUGAACCUCAA